CAUUCCUCUAUAUAUAUAACAGAAAAGGGAAGUUAAAGAAUCACAUAAUUAUCCGUGUCCUCAAAUCUUGUGAUGAUGACAAACAACACUACAAAAACUCGUAACACCUUUCUUAGUUACUUUGUUCCGUUCCUUUGGGGAUUUGUGGUGAUGGAUGCUGGUUUAGGACAAAACACAACUAGUGAUGAAAUAAAAGUAGGAGUAGUUAUUGAUCUCAAAACAAACUUUUCCAAGAUCUGCCUCACUUCAAUUAACAUGUCGUUGUCCGAUUUCUACCAAACUCAUCCUCAUUACCGCACAAGACUUGCUCUUCACGUCAGGGAUUCCAUGGAAGAUAUUGUUGAGGCAUCAGCUGCAGCCUAUAACCUAAUCAAUAACGAGAAAGUGAGGGCCAUCAUCGGACCAAGAAGCUCUAUGCAAGCCGAGUUUAUGAUUAAACUGGCCACCAAAUCUCAAGUACCGACCAUCACUUUCUCAGCAACGAGCCCUCUACUUAGAACUAUCAACAACCCUUACUUCGUCCGAGCCACUAUCAGAGCCGGGCCUAGAAUUUUUAAGGCUAGAAGCCCAAAAAAAAAAAGUGGCCGAAAAUAAAAUAAUGUAGGUAGGGGGAUUUGA